AUAUUUGAGCGUUUUGAAAUGUGUCCUGAUGUUGUAGCUGCAGUUCCAAUAGUUAAAAUACUUCUGUUGUGUACCACACACUACCGUGACUAUUAACCUAAACAAGCUAAAUGUGCUUAAACCUCCUUGAAACAUGGCAAACUAUUCUGAAUAAUUGUUGUUCUUGGAAGAAGAAUAGUUUAGGUGAUUUAGCGUUAAGUGUUAUAACUACAGCUCGGCCGUUCUGGAUCCCAGAGGUUCGGCUGUGAGCUCGGAUUGUUUUUGUCACUUCCUCGUUGUAUUUGAUCACCUUGUGUCGAUGUCGAGGUUUCUACAAACCGCACCGUGUGUUUACACUAUGCCGGCUGGUAAUGGCCGUGUGUUUACACUGGAUCCAAUUGUCAGUCCUCCCCGACCUCCUUCUAUCCACCAUGUUGAGAACAUGCUUGUCAGCAGCUGUGGGGUGCUUCAAAGCAGGGGAUACCUUUGUAGCUGAACUUGUCUCAACCUGAGUCUUUGUAUUCCGGAGACUUGGCAAAGAGGAGAGAAAUCUUUUAAGUGGUCAAUGUGGCCCCACUCACAUGUGGCACUCAUCUGUGGACCAUCUAGCCUUUGUUUCGAGUGGUUACAGCUUUGCUCUGCUUAGUGUAAAGACGAGUAGAUGGGAAGGGGGUAGUAUGGUUUUAAUCCUUAUGCACACUUGUGUUGUUCAAGGUCACAUCUCUGAUUUGAAAAAGAUUGUCGGUUUAUUUUAAUGCAAUCACGCAAUUUUUUUUAUCACAGAAUUGAAAACCUAAUGUUUCGAGAUGCAGUACAUUGUGCAAAUGUUCAGAGGAAAAGCGGAUACAUAAUUGCUUAGGUAUGCUUCAUCUUUAGUUUUUAAAAAAGGAGGAGAUAAAUAGUUUGUAAUAGCCAAGUAGAGUUGUAUUUGCUCAACCAGCCCCCACACAAGUUAAACAACAUCUAUCCAACUACCUUAGGUGAUACAGGAUCUGUGAUGACCUUUUUAAACCCAAAGAGAAUGUCGAUGAAAUGUACAUUUACAGACAUGACAGGAGGGACAAGAGGUGGCGAGAGAUGAAGAUGAAGAGAGAAGAGACUGGGCUUUGUGAAGGUGAAAAGGGCUCUGGGGACGGGGGAAGGGGAACACUCAUUAAAGGCAUAUUCCCACUUGGGGUGCUCUGAGGCAUGGAAAAACGGACUGACAAGAUAGGAUGCUAUGGAGGACAACCAGGGAGAGAGGGUCGGGGUAGGGAGUAGUAGGGGGGGGGGUGUUUUGUAGGCUCUCCUCCACUGUCCUCACAGGUAACUGUGAAAACCGGUCGGGGGAGAGUUCACACCUCCAGUUAAUAAACACAUACUGCAGGAAAUGUCUCAGCUCUGCGACGAAAACAACAUGGGUCAAAAUGCCGCUUUUUCGCUUCCCGCUGAGCCGCAGAAGCAGCCCAGCACUCUCAAUUUAAGACUCGUCUCUGUCGAAAUGAGCUUCAGACAAUCCAUGGCCGUUGUACAGAUGUUCUGCUAAAUCAUCGUUUUGAUUCACCCUGGAUAUCUAGCAGGAAAGCGGGAGUCAUUGGUACCAUUUCAACAAACUCAUGCCUACAUUUCUACUGAUAUUUGCAAUGAGCACAUUGGGCAAAAGACAAAAGUUUGAAAAAAAGGGCUUCUAUCACACAUCUAUUUGUUCUCCUUCCCAUCCGUGAUGUAAGAGGGAAGUGGUCUCACAGAUUCAGAGAGCAUUUUGUGGCCUGACUUCAUUUCCUGACACAUUAGAUAAUCUAUCGCAGUUCGGAAGGCUCAAACUUAGUGGUUGUUGUUUUGGGUUGUUUUCAUGCAAACUUCACAGGCGGACAACAGAGAAACAUUGAGUUAAUUAGGAGUGUGACGGAUGCCUGAGCCACACAAUCCUGGUGGCGUUGAGUGCCCCAGCUUUGAUCAGCUAAGCCCAGAGCUUAACCAUGAAACACUGCACCCUGACAUGUGUUGAGCAGCACCUUGGCUUUAUAGUCUUAAUAAUAGUUUACAGGCACCACCAAGGCCCAGGGAGGAACAUUUACUACAAGAAUGUAGCCUGAAAUGACCCAUCUUGCCGUCCAACCCCGUGCAGGUCAAAGAUCAGGCAUUGAAAAACUUGAACCUCGAUCUUAAGUGGGUAGAGUAAAGUCAGAGACACUUUUUCAAAGGGUUGAAACCUCUAACCUCUCCUGGGUAUCUACACAGUGACCUCCUCUGGUUGUUCUAUGUUACUGGGCCAUUGAGGGUUUAAAAGCAUCUGUCGUCUUCAAGGUUGCGCUGCUUGUAAAGAUGACGCUUUCACAGCUGCUGGAAUGAGCACAUCAGAAAAGCCCACCUCUCCAUACACAUACAACCACAGAUUAUAUAGAACCAUCCCUGAUGUACGAGGUGGUGGACACACAGAGGUGAUUCUGCUGCUGCCACUGUACGUUCCUCAUGUGUGACCUUUCUUCAGUCACAUGACAAAUCUGUUAGCGCCACGCUUUUUGCCUCCCUGUCAGCCUGCGAGGGAUCAUAAAACUGCAAUUCAUAUUAAUUUAUGGCUGUCGUGGGCAGUGUAUCAUUUUAAUUAGUAGAUCUGGAAUGAGGCCACAGGGGGAAGUUGUGUCUGGUCGGCUGUUGUUGUGUAUAUUGAAAACAGUUGAGGGGAUUUUUCUUUGAUGGGAGCUUCGGUUUCGGAGGUUCAGAGGCUGAUUCCUUUUAUCGAUCAGCCAAGUAGGUCUGAAAGUCACCACCAGCGAGAUCACACUUUAUUCUGACACGAUCUUUCCGAGAUUCAGUCGGGUACCUACAAUCCUGAGUUUGGACAUGUAGACCCAAGAGGCCAAACUGAAACCAAUUAUCUGCAGCUUGUAACAACCCCACAGCUUGUGGCUUGUGUUUAUAUAUGUGUGUGUGUGUUUGUGUGUGUGUGAGAUGCUCAGGUGACUGCUGUCACUGGCCGUGGUCUGAUGUCAUGCCCUCUUUAUUGCUCAUCUCCCCUUUAUCUCUUGUUUUGUGGUGGCAGCAGCAGCAGCAGCCCCACACACUGAACGCUAUACAUCAGUGGUGGUUAAACCGCGGCACAGUCUUUACACUGUGUUCUUGUUGUGGUUAUUAAGUACCAUAACCAGUCAGUCAAAUGUUUUGGGAGCUUCGGGGUUAAAGCUUUAGAAGGUAUUACAGCAGAGACGCAGCAGACCACAUAAAACAACACAAAAUGUCAUCUGGUGGAAUUUCACUAAGCUUCAGAGCAAUUAUUAAAACCAUAGAUCAUGUCUGGUUAAACUGAUUCAAAGUGAUUUAAUACCUUAUAACUUAUAAUUUCUCGAUAGCAAUAUUAUCUUUGAAAUUUUCUCGUUAAAUAAUUGUUUGAUUGAAAUAAGUCGUAUUUACAUUAACCUGUACGAGUACAAUGCUCAUCCACUCGUAUUCUUCAUCUUCCUCUACAGUACCAGACGAGUUCAAUUUGUUUUGCAGUACCGUCAUGAGGAUAGGAGCCGUCUUCAAAGCCCGUCGUAGCCCCUUUGAGGUGCGCUCUCCCCUGAAGUCGACUCUGGGGUAUUGACAGUAAGCAGACAGGCCAGAGGGAAUAUCGAUGCCUUCUGUUUUUGAGAGCCGAGCUGUAAAAGAACCUUGUGAUGCUGCAAGAACCCUUUGAAAGGUUCCUCUGAUGAGCACCCAGUGAAAAGUUAUAUCCAGUUCUUCACUUCACUGCUCUUGGCUACUACACUCACAGCUUUGGGCUGCUUAUCACAUGCAAUCCCCCCUUUUUUUCCAUCUGCAACGGAAUCCCAAGUCACCGACAACAUGGCUUCCUCAGUCGGUCCGUAGAAUCCAGGAUGCUCGUAUGAUGGGGUGGUGUAUGACAACUAGAGAGUAAAUGGUCAGGGCAAAGGAACACUUGUUGGGUAAAUGUAUGACCAAUGGGCGCAGUGCAGAUUUAAUACGCAGUUCAUACCGGCGUGUGAGAGAUUAGUCAUGAUUAUGUAGUGUUUGAAUAAGACUACUAGUCUCUCGUUGUUGUACAGCGCAGACAUUGCAACAACCAGGAGAGUAUAAUGGCAUUAUGUCGUGAUGCUUUGUUAACUUAAAUGCAAAACACACAUUUUGGAUUCAUUCCCUAUUCAGCCUGUCUUUAACAGUUUCUUAGCUGUUUUGCAACCACAGUGUUAGAAAGAUGAAAAGCUUGGUACAGCUUUGAACAAGACAAAGUAUACUUCAUGCUCUCCAUAAAUACGACUGCAACCGAGAUUGACAUGCAGCACUUAGAAUGCCGGUCUCAUCUAAUGUAUUAUUUUUCCCUUUUUAAGUUGAAGAAUGACAUUUUGGAGCAUAAAGAGGGCUGUUGUGAGGCGGCUGCCGCUCCCUUUCGCGGCACAAAGAGUGCACACACUCUUAUUGAAAAGUUGAAAUGUGAAGAAGUCAGAGUCCAUCGUGAAGAAUGCUGGGAAAACUCCUUGAUCACUUCCUAUAGCCAUGAACAAUCCUCUCUUUCAUUGGCAUUGACUGGACAUUGUAAGUUGUUGGUCAUAGGUAUUCCACUGUUUGGUAUGUGUGUGUGUGUGUGUGCUGAGUGAUAGCUUGCUGGUCGUGAAUUCCUGAAUCUCAGUGAAUACUGGUGAGUAAAGAGUCCUCUGCAGUCACAGCCUGCCCGCCUGCUUUACCCUAGGGACUCUCUCUGCUCUCUCUGUUCUUCUUCUUUCAACCCAUCUCCCCCCCCAUUCCUUUUGUUUGCUUGCUUUUCUCCAUGUGUAUUUAACAUGUGUAUUUACAAAGACACACAUUUACUGUACAUUGAAGGCGAGUAGAUGAUCUUUUUAGUGCUCAAUUAUCACUCAUGGAAACAUUUCUGCAAGAUGAAAAUAACCUCAUGUGCCGUCUUUUUGAGGUUACUACAUGCAGUGCUGCAUAUUGACUCAGCACAUUUUACAACAGAAUAGCAAUAAAAACACAACUGCAGCAAAAAUAUAUGAAACGUUAGUUUUAAAUACGGUUCAAGUACUGUAUGCUUAAAAAUAAUAACAGCUUGCUCUAAUAGGAAUGUUUUUGUUUUCUAUGCUGUUAUUUUGUUGGUGUUCAAACCUCGAAUCUACUCUUAACCAUCCCGGUCUCUUUCUUUGUCUCAACAAACCUUUUAAUCAGCCGUGUCGCUUCCCCCAAUUUAUGUGCAUGUGAAAAGAUUAACCAUUCUGAAUUUUUUUGCUUCCAAACUGUGAUAAAAGUAAGAACCCGUCUCAUUUCUGCCUCUCUCUCUCUCUCGCUCUCUCUCUCUCUCUGUCCUUCAAGGGUCUCACAUCUGACUCUUCCAUCUCCUCGACCUUUUCAUGCCUGUUAUAAACUGCAAUUGCUGAUUCGUCAGUGCUUCCAUCUAGAAGGGCAGAGCGGUAAUGGCACCCUGUUAAAUCUUGAGAUUAGAUUUUGAAUGGAAAAACAAAACCCGUGCGCUUUUGUCUUUCAUGAGCCGAUGCUCGGACGGCUCAGAAUCUUGCUGAAGGACCUUUUUGCCUCUUCGCUGUAUUAUCAGCCCCUUCAGAUGUGGCCUAAAAUGACCCUCGAUAGCCGGCAACAUGUUUGUUAUUUCAUGUGUGGAUCCUGUGUUCCUCUUGGCACUUUGUGUCAACCAAAUCUGAACGUAAGCAUAUGGUUUCAAUUACUCAAACUAUGCCCCCUGUUUGUUUGUUUUUUUAGAUGAAAUGCACUCAACGGGAUAUAUUUGGCGGUGUGCUUUUGGGCCCGCGAUAUUUAGCUGAUCUAAGUGUGUGUCGCACACGAGCCCUCUGUGUCUCUGUCGUUCCACUCUAGAUGGAGCCGUGUGACUCCUGGGUAAUGGGUUGUGUCUGACCAUCCACAGAUGAAUGGAGGUUUUCAGGAUGGAUUCUUUGGCUUUGUCCGCUAAAUAACAGGCUGCACUUGGAUUGCUUUUUGUAGAUGCUUCACUGGAUCAGUCCCCUUCAGACUCAGACCUCGUAUAUGUACUAAGGCUGGGCGAUAUGGAGAAAAUCCAAUAUCGCAAUAUCUGUGACCAAAUACCUCAAUAUUGAUAUUGCAGGGUUGCCACCGGUGCUUUUACAAAAAACAUUUACACAAUAAGAUUUUUGAUAAAUAAUCAUCGAUAAUGUGAAUACCAUGACUAAUUGUAAAAGGCAUGUAUUAGAAUAGCCUGGUAAGUUAAGAACAUGACUGUACUGUACUGUAAUGCAGCCUUUACAACCAGGAAAAGACACUUAUGCUACAUUACAAUAUCCAAAAUCUUAGACGAUACCUAGUCUCAUAACACGAUAUCGACAUAAUAUCAACAUAGGCCCAGCCCUACUAUGUACACAAACCAAAAACAUCUGGAACAUCUCACAUGUGUUGGAAACCUGAUCUUAAGAUUAUAGUGUUUUUAAACGACACCAAUCAUCACCUUUUUAAAGCAAAUUCUCACCACAUAGUACGACCACUGCUUCCUGCUCCUCUGACAGAUCACAGCAUGACUUUUUUCUGCUAACAAGCAAGAAGAGAGAGGGUUUCCAAAGCACCGUUCCCCACUGUGCACUUCAAGUUGCGUAUCCAUAGAUGGCACUGUGCAUCAAGAUGACUUUGACUCUCAUUCUUGGUUUGUUGCAAUGGUACUUCCAGAUAAUUUCCCCUCACGUGUCUGCUGCUGUAACCCCCCCCCCCACCUCCACUUUUAGUAUCUGUGGCCAAGAUCGCAGCUGCGGGUUUUUUUUUGUUUUUUUUUUGGAGGUGGGAGGGACUGGUUAUCACAUGUGGUAAUGGGAAAUGGUAAUCUCUGCUCCUCCAUGUCAUCUUUAUGUUACGUCUGGGGUUAUGCAUACAGUCAUCUGAUAAGAGGGGGAGGUUUGGAUUGGGUUACAGUAGGUCAAGGUUGGAGGAGCAUGGAGGAGUGGCUGAAGGGGAGGCAUGCUGCUGCUAUUCUCUAUGAAUUGAUGGAUCUGUAUUAUACAGUCACCUCAUGUCGUUGGAUUGUUUCCUGCAGUCAAACUUUUGCUUUUUUGUGUCUGGACUUUGGAACAGAUUUCUGUUUUUACACCAGAAAUUGUGGGAUAGAAGUAUAGAGGACUUGAAAGGUGCAGAGCUAGUUGCUCGGGAGAUGUUUGUUUCAUGGCUUAGUAUUUAGUCUAGCGUCUUUGCUGGGUCUCCUGCAUGUACAAACAAUUAUAGUGGCACUCUUAAGAACCGCAUCUUUUGUCUAUUUGGGGCGAAUACCAACUUUUUUUUUUGCAGAAUAUGUAAUGGACAACAUGGGCAAAUCAUUUUGUCCACACAGAGAUGGAAAUGUUGCAAAGGGAGCCGUGUCUCUAGUGGGGUCCAGUCAGGAAGCCCAAAUAUGUGGAGAGUCCUCGUGUUCCCUCUGAUGCCAUCGUUUCAGCACUGAGGAACGUGACUGAUAACAAGGAGUCCUCACAUAAUGAGCUGCAAGCAGAGAAACAACCAAGCUCCUCCUCCCCUGCCACUCAGGAACUGAUGACAAGGCUGGGCUUUUUACUAGGAGAAGGGAUCCCGGGUACGGCACGCAUACCUAUGGACGACAAGAUUGAAAAGAAGUGCUCUGUGAUUAGCCAGGGUAUCAGCCCCUGCUCUACACUGACCAGCAGCACCGCGUCUCCCAGCACUGACAGCCCAUGUUCAACGCUCAACAGCACGGCCAGCCGCCCCCCUCUCAGCCGUUCCAGCCCCUGUGGGACCAUCACAAGCCCCAGCUCCACCCUUGAAAGCAAAGACAGCGGGAUCAUCGCCACCAUCACUAGCUCCUCUGAGAAUGAUGACCGCAGUGGCUCCAGCCUGGAGUGGAGUAAGGAUGGCAGCCUGAGGGGCAGUGGGCGCCAUGGCCUGGCACAGAGUGUGCGGGCCGACACCUGCUCUCCUGUGGCCGAAGAAGACUCCACCAGCGCCACUGCAGCACCAGCCGACACCCCGUCCAGGACAGACCAGCAGCAGCAGCAGCAGCAGCAGCAGUCUAACACAUCAGCAGGGGCACCGCAGCCGCAAAGCCACUCACCCGAGGGACCCUUUCCAUACUCAUCGCAGACAUCUUCUUCCCUCAUGAUGCCGAGGCCAAACUCUGUAGCAGCAACCAGUUCCACAAAGCUGGAAGACCUGAGCUUUCUUGAUGAACAGCGCAACACCCCGCUGCGGACGUCCAUUCGCCUACCCUGGCAUAACACGGGAGGAAGGCCGCCUCAGGACUCUAAAGCUCGUUUUGCUCCCUACAAACCCGUGGACAUCAUGCUCAAGCCCUUGCUGUUUGAGGUGCCCAGCAUCACCACAGACUCUGUGUUUGUGGGCCGAGAUUGGCUCUUUCAGCAGUUGGAAGAUGUCCUGAAGGCCAGCGAGUCCACGGAGAACCACGGCGCUGUGGUGGUGGGCAGCGUGGGUUACGGGAAGACGGCCAUCGUCUCCCGGCUAGUAGCGCUGAGCUGCCACGGAGGCCGAAUGCGGCAGAUAGCCUCCAACAGUCCCAGUGCCUCCCCAAAAAGUGGUGUGGGACCAAGUGCAGAACUUCCACUCAGCCAGCCUCCACAGCCCACUCCACCUUCCAGUGCUACCAACACGCUGAGGACCAACAGCUGCCCGGGCACCCCCGAGAUGCAGCGACGUCGGGACGAGGCUGUCAAACGCCUGGCUGCAAAGGUGGUGGCAUAUCACUACUGCCAGGCGGAUAACACGUACACUUGCCUCGUACCAGAGUUUGUGCAUAGUAUCGCUGCCCUGCUGUGCAGAGCACACCAGCUCAGUGCGUACCGGGAGAUGUUGCUGAAGGAGCCCCACCUCCAGAGCAUGCUCAGUCUGCGCUCAUGUGUCCAGGACCCCAUGGCCGCCUUCCGGAGGGGGGUCCUUGAGCCACUAACCAGCCUUCGUAAAGAGCGGAGGAUUCCAGAGGAGGAUCACAUCAUCUUGAUAGACGGGCUGAACGAAGCAGAGUUCCAUAAACCGGACUACGGAGACACCAUUGCCUCCUUCAUCAAGAAGAUCAUUGCCAAGUUCCCCUCCUGGCUUAAACUUGUGGUCACUGUCCGGGUCAAUUUAAUGGAGAUCACAAGCCUUCUGCCCUUCUCCAAGAUCUCCCUGGACGACUUUUCCGACAACGCGGAGAUAAGCAACGACCUCAACGCGUACAUCCAGUACCGCAUCAAUGGCAGCAAGGACAUCAUGAACAAUAUCAGCCUGAACGGCAAGGCCGACCCGAUCACAGUUGGCAAGCUCAGUAGCCACCUGAUCUCCCGCAGCCAGGGUUCCUACCUGUAUCUCAAACUCACCCUGGAUCUGUUUGAGAGAGGUCACCUGGUGAUCAAGAGCGCCGGCUACAAAGUGGUGCCCGUCUCGCUGGCCGAGCUCUACCAGCUACAGUGCAACAUGAAGUUCAUGACCAAUUCGGCCUUCGAGCGCUCACUGCCCAUCCUCGAUGUGGCGCUCGCCUCGCUGCACCCCAUGACGGACGAACAGCUGUUCCAGGCCAUCAACGCCGUCUUCGUCCAAGGGGAGCUGCAAUGGGAGGACUUCCAACAGCGCAUGGAGUUGCUCUCGUGCUUCCUCAUCAAACGGCGGGACAAGACGCGCAUGUUUUGCCACCCCUCGUUCAGAGAGUGGCUGGUGUGGAGAGCCGAUGGAGAGAGCACAGACUUCCUCUGUGACCCCAGGACUGGUCAUGCUCUUAUGGCUUUCAUGCUUUCCCGCCAAGAGGGGAAACUUAAUCGUCAGCAGACGAUGGAGCUGGGACACCACAUCCUCAAAGCACACAUCUUCAAGGGCCUGAGUAAGAGAACGGGUGUGUCAUCCAGUGUGCUGCAGGCUUUGUGGAUCAGCUGCAGUGCCGACGGCCUUUCUGCAGCCUUGGCCUCCCUGAGGAAUCUCUACACACCCAACGUCAAGGUGAGCCGUCUGCUGAUGCUUGGUGGUGCGAACGUGAAUUACCGCACAGAGGUCCUGAACAACGCGCCGGUGCUUUGCGUCCAGUGCCACCUCGGUCACCAGGAAAUUGCCUUCCUGCUGCUGGAGUUUGGCGCCAGCGUUGACGUGGUGUCUGAAAAUGGCAUGAACCCCCUCUGCUUCUCAGCCGCUGCAGGACACUUAGGACUAGUCAUGCUGCUCUGCAAGAGGGGAGGCCAGGUUGAUCAUGUAGAUAAGAGUGGCCAGUGUGCUCUGGUCCACGCUGCUCUCCGAGGACACCCAGAGAUUAUCCAGUACCUGCUGGAGGUAGAAUGGAGUGCUGAGGGGCAGCAGCAGGAUUGUGCCCUGAAGAACAAAGCUCUGCAGCAGGCUUUGAUAGCGGCGUCCAGCAUGGGACACACACAGGUUGUGAGAGGCUUGCUGGCAUUGAAUAAUGAGCAUGCUGUGCAAAUUGAUAGCCAUGACACUCUGUGGGGAGAGACAGCCUUGACGGCAGCAGCCGGCCGGGGGAAGAUGGAGGUCUGCAGCUUCCUGUUGGAGCAGGGGGCGGUGGUGCAGCAGGUCAACCGGCGGGGGGUGUCUCCUCUAUUCUGCGCCGUCAGACAGGGACACUGGCAGAUUGCAGAGCUGCUGUUGCAGCACGGUGCUGAUAUUAACAUCAGCGACAAGCAGGGCAGGACCCUACUCAUGGUGGCGGCCUGCGAGGGUCACCUGAGCACCGUAGAGUUUCUGCUUUCUAAAGGUGCAUCUUUGACUUCGAUGGACAAGGAGGGACUGACCCCCCUGAGCUGGGCAUGUUUAAAAGGACACAAGAACGUAGUGCAGUUUUUGGUGGAGAAAGGUGCGGUCAUCGACCACACAGACAAGAAUGGACGGACUCCGCUGGACCUUGCUGCCUUCUAUGGAGAUGCAGAGAUUGUCCAGUAUCUGGUGGAGAGAGGAGCAGUGAUAGAGCAUGUAGACUACAGUGGGAUGAGGCCUCUGGACAGAGCCAUAGGCUGUCGGAACACGUCGGUGGUGGUGACUCUGCUGAAGAAAGGGGCCAAGCUGGGCUACAGAACGUCACCUUACGAUCGAUCAGGGAACGCAGCUUGGGCCAUGGCUACUUCCAAGCCUGACAUCCUGAUCAUCCUCCUUCAGAAGCUGAUGGAGGAGGGAAACCUACUCUACAAGAAAGGGAAGAUGAAGGAGGCGGCCCAGAGGUACCAGUACGCCCUGAGGAAGUUUCCUAGAGAAGGCUUUGGCGACGACCUGAAGGCAUUUAAAGACCUGAGGGUCUCUCUGUACCUCAAUCUCUCCCGCUGUCGCAGAAAAACCAAUGAUUUUGGGAUGGCUGAGGAGUUUGCAACGAAAGCGCUGGAGCUGAAACACAAAUCCUAUGAGGCCUACUACGCCCGAGCGAGAGCUAAAAGAAGCAGCAGGCAGUUUACAGCGGCCCUGGCUGACCUGCAUGAAGCAGCCAAGCUGUGCCCCAAUAACCGGGAAAUCCGUCGUUUGCUGGCUCGAGUAGAAGACGAGUGUAAACAGAUGCAGCGCGCUCAGACUAAAGGAGUCGCUGGGGCUGCAGCUGCUUCAAGCCAGGCGUCUGGAGGCCACGAGUCGGACCAGGAGCAAGAUGAAGGACAGGAGGACCCUUCAGAGCAUAGCCUUGCCAGGAGCAUGGAAGGACAAAGAGACAUCCUGGAGGAGGAGGAGGAGGAGGAGGAGCCAGAGGCCUCGCUGCACGACAGAACAACUGAAGCCUGCUGGUCACAGAACAGUUAUUCCCACAACAGAGUCGUACCCCCUGAGCCAGCUGUCAGCAACAGUUUGGGACAUCAGAGUCUGAGCCCCAGCUCACCCCCAGGCCCCAGCAGGCUUCCCCCCCACCGGUACCCUCGAGAGCACCGGGAGGCGCUGGCCCAGCAGGGCCUGGUCCUGCAGCCAACCAAGCAAGCCCAGAUAGUCAAGACCAACCAGCAUAUGAGCUCAAUGCAGGUCGGGGGAGGAGCCGCGGGGGGCCGCGUGGCAGGGGCCAGAUCUCAGUACGCUCCCUCCAGUCCCUUACCGAGCCGACACAUGUCCAGCAUGCUGAAGCCGGGCCCAGGCAUCGACAUCAGCCCUCUGCCACCCCCAGCUGACGAGCCUGUGUACGGGAACCGCGUGUCGCUGGCGGCCGCCUCCGCCUCUGCCUCCACGGGUCACAGCUGUGAAAACGAGAGCCUUCAUUCCUCCCAGGUUUCCUACUCAUCCUGCAGCAAGGGGCAAGACCGGUUGUCUGUCCACUCUGCGUCCUCCCUGGAUGGUUUGGCCUGCUCUGGUCCCGGACCUCAGGGGAACCACACUGACCCAGGAAAGGAAGGGAUGUGUGGUGCAAUGGGAUCCCAGGGAGGCGGCAGCAGCGGCAGCAUGCGCGUGUCCAGUUCCACCAGUAGCCUGGCGUCCAGCAGCAGUCUGUCGGACAGCGGCAAGCUGGGCCCCGAUGUCCGCACCAAGAUCUCUGACAAAACGAAGCACAGCCAACAGGCCGGUUCUGCACCGGAGUACAAACCCAGACCCUUCAUGGGCAUAAUUGACAAGACGGCACGCUUCCUCCAACUUCAACAGCAGCAGCAGAUUCAACAGCAGCAGCAGAUUCAACAGCAGCAGCAAAUUCAACAGCAGCAGCAGAUUCAACAGCAGCACCACGGUUUGCAAAGUUACCCGAGUCUGCAGUCCGCGGGCCGCAGCUGGCUGAACCACUCGUCUGACGGUCUAGUGUGUCACAACAUGUCAGCAAUGGGGCUGCUGCCCGUCGACUGUGAGCUGCCGUACGCCAAAACAGUGAGCACUUACCAGGAGCAGCACAAACCUCCGCCACCUCAGGGUGCUAUGGCGAUGAGUAGCUUACAAAACGGCAUGCACGCCAAGGAAUUCACGGAGAAGUUCUGCCAAGCCGCCAACUGUUACAAAGAGUCCAAGCCAGCGAUGGCGAUGCCGCACUCGUUCAUGGACAGCAAACCCAAGCAGCCUGGCCUCGCCCGAGAUAAUCCCGCCAUACACGGAGCUUCAAUGAAACCAAAGCGAUCAUUUAUAGAGUCGAAUGUGUAGAGAUGUUUGUUUUAUCUUUCAUACAGUCCACAGCGCACACAAACAAGCAAAGAUCUCAAGCGAGGAGUUGUUUCAUUUCUUUUUAACCAACCCCAAACCCAAUAGUCUCUCUUUUAAAGCCUUGCAUGAAGUGCAGUCUGCAAGCCGUUUGUUUUCCUGUGUGAAUACACGGACUGCAGGCAGUGUACUGAAUGCUCCAGAUUUCUUUUUUCUCCUCCCGACCUGUCGCUUGUGGCUGUCAGCUUCUGUUACAUGACAACAUGUCGGCCGUCAUUCAGCCAAGCUGGAGACAUUGCACUGAAGGAAGUAUUUGGACAUGUAGUGUACAGUCCUCAUCAACGCAACGGUGACAGUGAGCACUUUAUACACACUUAGGCCGCUCAAGUGCUUAAACAACAUAUUCAGUUGCAGCAUAAUGUUAUUAAAGAAACAGUUUAGGGAGAGUGAAAUGGGGUUUGAACUGUGUUCAUUACGUCCAUGGUGCUGAGAGAAGAGUCCUCAGUGAAGGUGUAAGAACAGGCAUUCCUGUGUUUUACGAAGGAUGUUAUAGAUCCUCUUGUGUAUAUUAUAUAAAUAUGUAUUUUUUCCUUCUUUUCUGUGAAGAUCUAUGUUAAGUGUAUUGACAAAUUGAGACUUGUGUAUUUUGAGUUUUAUGCACAAUGUUGUUAAAGGUUCUAAAAAAAAACCCCAUUUGUUAAAUGUGUUUGUACAUUAUAUAAUCACCAUUAACAUUGAAUUGAAAUCCUUUCUGUAUCGGCUUGUUGUUGCUGUCUAGUUUAAUUUAUUUACAGCGCCAAUGGCUUCGUUAAUUGUAAAAGCAAUAUAUUUUAUAUAGUUAUUUUUGCACAGCUAAUAAGACAUUUAAUGAUUCUCGAUACCGUUGAGUUUAAGUGUACGCUACAAUUGCAGUUUGUAUCACAGUUAAAAACAAAUCUAUAAAAACAGAAAAGGUUUUGGGGUGCAGCGCCAUCAGCUCUAUUUUAAUAUGUACGUUAAAUGCAAUUGUUGCCAUGUUUUCAGUAUUGUGAGCUUUAUUAGCUGUGAUCACAUACUGUCAUAGAACAUUACUGCCAUAGCCACCAUGGGAGAGAGAAAUAAAGACCCACUGAGGAAAAAACAAA